GCUUGAUUAUACCUCAGGGGAGCCUUAAAGCCCAAUCCUUUUUUGUCCUUCUGCUGUAAGUUUCAUUCCGUCUUCUUGUUUUGUUCUUUCAUCUUUUCGGCAACCAGAUAGGCAAACACAGGAGAAGGGCGAUGGAGUUGGAUAAUUUCGCACCUAUAUUUGGAGAACCGAAAAUUGAGUGGGCUGGCUCGGGUUCAGGUCGAGUGAUUCGGUUCUUGUUCCAUGUCUUCGCUCCUGAUUCCUCUAACCUAUUUAUCCAUGCCACCGAUUUUCACUCCAGUACUUGGGAGGCUAAACGCUCCGUGUUGCAGCUUGAGGACAUGAGGGAUGAAAUUGGAGUAGGGGGCUCGUGGUCUGAGUUCAUUGACUAUGUUGUCUCGUCCAUUAAAUCUGAAGAUGUCAAGCUUGUUCUGGAGGGAUUUUCAGACUCAGAUGAUGUUGCAAGUGCAAGAUUAGUGGCCCAAAAAUCGAAAGGGAUGCCUCUAAUCUCCAUUUCUCUCACAAGACUCAAGGGAUCUGUUGCUUCUAAGGCUAUGGAAAAUCUAUCUUUACAGCUCUUCAAAGAUUUCAAAAGCAUGCAACAACUACUUAUAAAUGAGCAAGAAUGGUCUCUUCAACUAACAAAAGUGAUAUUGGCUGAGAAGGAAAGGAAUGAAAGUAUUCAGAACCAACUGUUGAAUCUAGAAAGACAGAAAUUGCAAAAGAUGGAAUCCUCUGAAAAAGAUAAACAACCAUCACAAAGUUCGAUCUCAGCCAAAGUUGCUAAUCGUGUCAUUCCAGCAUACCGCAGGGCAAAGGUAAGGGGUGCUUUACUACAAGAAACUGAAGAUGACAAAGAUAACUAGAGUAAGAGAAAUGACAGUUUUAUCACUUUGAGUAUUAGCUGAAUCAAAGCCUCCAUUUAUGACCAUGCGAAUGAGUAAUCAAAGCAACACUAAAGAAUUUGGUCAUAUUAGAGCAUCACACUAACACACUAGAAGGAGAGUUCAUGUAAAUGCUGGUUAUCUUCCAAUUUCUCAUAUUCUGUUUACAAAGAUGUAUUAGGUAUUUUCACAUAGAUAGUUUUGAUUUCUUGAUAAGGGAGACUUAUUGUUGUGCUUUUAACAAUCUCGCAAAUACUGCCAGUUAAUUAUCAGCUCUAUUUUUUGUUAUAGAUGCUGGAAAUGGUUAUUGAGUGUAGUUUUUUAAUUUUUGGAUGAUUUGGAAAUUUUUUAUGGUGUAUUUUCUUGGUCAUCAAAGAUGAUAUGAUGCAUAUUAAAGUAUAUAAUACAGCUAUUUGUAAAGGCAA